AUGGCACCAAGAGGAGGUAACGGCGGUGGCAAAGCCGCCGCAUCUUCGAGUCGACCCGCCCGCUCGGGAGCGCCUAAGGGCUUCGCGGACGAGAAUGACGGCGACGCAUUUGACUUCGAGGACGACUCUGCACCGGCAGACGAUCCAGCGCACUGGCUGGGCAUGAUGCGCGACAUGAAGAGCAAGACCAAAGGCGCCCCAACUCCCGCAGCCGCACAGCGCGCGCGUCAGCUCGCGGCAAUCUCCAAACAGAGCCGGAUGCAGGCGGGCGAGUUUGUUAAGGAUACGAACGCGUAUCUAGAUGCGCUCUUGGAAACGUACGCCGUCGCACCGAAAGAAGAAGGCGCGCAGCCAGAUUGGGCGCCAUACUUCCAGGCCGGCGCUCGACACGCGAAAGCGUUGAACGAUUCUGUGGCGCAUGCGAUCAAGCUCACCCCGCGUUCAGAUCUCGAAGGCGGCAAUCUCCCGCAGAGGCGCGAGGACGACGUUGAGCGCGCUUGUGCACGACUCGAGGCGUACCCCGUCCAACGCGAGAAAGCUCGCGCGCGACAGCUGCGCGCAUUCAAGGAAGAACUCGACAAAGAGAUCGAGCAGCAGCAGCUCGUGGUAGACGCUCGAGCGUUGAUCAGGGGAUAUCAAGCGCUGGCUCGUCGAGGAUAA